AUGUUGUCGUCGGCGUGUGUGUUGCUGCUCGCUGCCUCAGCUUUGGGCUACCUGGACGAGGCGUCACUGGACGCUCAGUGGGACCAGUGGAAGAUCACUCACAAGAGAGAAUACAACGGCCUGAACGAAGAAGGGAUCCGCAGGGCCAUCUGGGAGAAGAACAUGCGUAUGAUUGAAGCUCACAACCAGGAAGCAGCGCUGGGCAUUCACUCCUAUGAGCUGGGGAUGAACCACCUGGGAGACAUGACAUCAGAGGAAGUGACUGAGAAGAUGACUGGCCUGCUGGUGCCGACAAACCCUGAGCGUAGUUUCACCAUGGCCCUGAACGACUCCGUCUCCCGGCUUCCCAAAUCCAUCGACUACCGCAGGAAGGGCAUGGUGACCUCUGUGAAGAACCAGGGUUCCUGUGGCUCCUGCUGGGCCUUCAGUUCUGCCGGGGCUCUGGAGGGCCAGUUGGCCAAGAAGACGGGUCAGCUCGUUGACCUCAGCCCACAGAACCUGGUGGACUGUGUCAAGGAGAACGACGGCUGCGGAGGAGGCUACAUGACCAACGCCUUCAGUUACGUGAAAGACAACGGAGGCAUUGAUUCUGAGGAAGCCUACCCGUACAUCGGACAGGACGAGUCGUGCCGCUACAACUCUACAGGCAUGGCAGCCCAGUGCAAAGGUUACAAGGAGGUGCCGAAAGGUGACGAGCACGCGCUGGCUGUUGCCCUCUUCAAAGUGGGCCCGGUGUCGGUGGGCAUUGACGCCACGCAGAGCACCUUCCUCUACUACAGUAAAGGCAUUUAUUAUGACAGCAACUGCAACAAAGAGGACAUCAAUCAUGCUGUGCUGGCUGUUGGCUACGGAGUGAGCCCAAAGGGGAAGAAGUACUGGAUCGUCAAGAACAGCUGGGGCGAGUCUUGGGGCAAAAGCGGUUACAUCUUGAUGGCGCGUAACCGUGGCAACAUGUGCGGCAUCGCCAACCUGGCCAGCUACCCCAUCAUGUGAAGCGACGAGCACAAAGCAGGAAAAGAAGAGGACACAAGGAGGCUUUACGUGGACUACAGCGAACCACUACGAUAAAAGAACACGUCGUUUGCACCAAAUUUUCCAGCAGCAACUUUGAACCA